AUGUUCCCCCGUACCCCACUCCUCGCUUUUAUCGUCACCUCCCUGGCUUCAGCCAGUCUUCAGCACGAUCAUCAUGAUGAAGACCAACUUCCUCUGGGUUUCAACCGCUACCCCUAUCAGGCCGCAUACUCAGACGAUUUCUUUUCUGAUGAAGUCACUGCCUACUCGACUUUCUCUGGUAUCGCGACGUUUGCGAAACUACCCUGGGUCGAGUGUUUGACGAAAGACAAGGACACGACGUUCGACAUCGCGUUCUUGGGUGCACCUUUCGAUACCGGUACAUCUUACAGGCCUGGUGCUCGCUUUGGACCAGCUGGUAUUCGCGCAGGUUCUCGACGCCUUACGUUGUAUGGUGGGUAUAACGUGCCCCUCGAGGUCAACCCUUUCAAGGCCGGUCUCAAGGUCGUGGACUGUGGCGACAUCCCUGUGACUCCCUACGACAACCGCCAUGCUAUCGAACAGAUCUCCCGUGGUCACAAGGAGCUUCUUCAGCGCACUGCGGCUACCCCUCUUGGGAAUGAUACAAGCGGCAACCUCUUGAAGCCGCUCGCCCUCGACGGCAAGACUCACCCUCGUAUCAUUACCUUGGGUGGUGACCACACUAUUACGCUCCCCCUUUUAAGGUCGAUCCACUCAGUCUACGGCCCCAUCUCUGUUAUCCACUUCGAUUCUCAUCUUGAUACGUGGAAGCCUGCUGUCUUCGGCGGCAGUCCCUCGGAGCAGGCGGCUAUCAAUCAUGGGACCUACUUCUACUGGGCUAGCCAGGAAGGUCUCAUUCGUAACGGAAGUUCAAUUCACGGUGCCAUCAGGACGACGCUCUCUGGACCAGCUGACUACGUUAACGACGACGAAGUUGGCUUCCAGCGCAUUGAGGCUCGUGAGAUUGACACCUUAGGCGUCGAGGGGAUCAUCAAAAAGAUUCGUGAGACCGUCGGAGACCUUCCCGUGUAUCUUUCCAUCGACAUCGAUUCCAUUGAUCCUGCAUUUGCCCCUGCGACGGGCACGCCUGAGACCGGAGGUUGGUCUACUCGCGAGCUGAGGACUAUCAUCCGAGGCCUCGACGGAUUGUUCAUCGUCUCGGCGGACAUCGUCGAAGUUGCACCUGCUUACGACACUAACGCUGAGCUGACCACCAUGGCUGCUGCCGACGUUCUUUUCGAAGUCAUGAGCGUCAUGGCGAAGACCCCUCUGGGGAAGUCUGCUUAGGCUUAAAGGUAAGGUAUUUGCAAGGAAGUGCAAGGCUUCGGUUCACUGGCUUCGCAUCCACAUUGUCCUCUGUCCUUCCUUGCAAUAAGUCCGUAUGGAUCUCUUCCUGUGCUUCGUUUCUUUUUCACUUUCUC